UCAGGUGCCAAGCACCGUCCUUCGCUUGCUGCGAGCUAGACGCCGAGGGAGCGGGGGCGGCGAAGUCCGGCGAGUCGACCGAGCAAGGAGAAGUGAGAGUGGCGGGAGGAAGCGGCGAGUCUGCUGCACACGGAGGGAGCCAGUCGCUCGCUGCUUGGUCCGUCCGUCCGGGAUCGAGUCCGCUCCGAGCGAGACCCCAUCCCGGGAGUUCUCCCUGGGCAGAGAGCAGCAGGCGCGGCGGCAGCAUCAGGAAGAGCGCCGGGUGCCCUCCUUCCUUCUCCUCCUGCCUCGGAAUUCCCUGCAUGCGGGGAGCCGGCGGGGCGCCUGGAUCGCUCCAGCUCCGGAGAAGCCGAGGCCAUUUGGGAGGCGGAGGACCCUCCCCGGGGGAGAAGCGGCUGCCUCUUGGGUUAGUUGUUGGGCGAGCAACUCCAAGGGUCGUGUGAAGGGAGGAGCAGCGGGCGGGGGAGCCAUGCAAACGGCGACCGCGUCCAUCCUCGACGUUUCAAGGACGGUGGUGAUCCGGGAGGACGGCAGUAUUGCCCCGCAGAACCACACAGGGCAGUGCAGCCAAAUAUUUCCACCUCACUUUGGCACAUCCCAGAUAAUCCAUGGCAAUGGUACCACUGUUGGCACAGUAAUAACAUUCCAGUGUUCUGCAGAGCAUCAGCUGAUUGGACAAGGAGUUGUCACUUGCAUUUGGAAAGGAAAUGGUACACAGUGGUCAGCGGACAUUCCUUCAUGCAAGCCCAUAUCCAAAUAUGAAACCUUUGGAUUCAAAGUUGCAGUGAUUGCCUCCAUUGUAAGCGGUGCUAUUAUUCUGCUGAUGUCUAUGGCUUUUUUAACCUGUUGUCUUAUCAAAUGUGUAAAGAAAAGUGAGAGAAGAAGAGCUCAAAGAGAUAUGCAGCUGUGGUAUCAGCUCAGAAGUGAAGAACUGGAAAACAUGCAAGCUGCUUAUUUUGGCUUUAAAGGCAGAAAUAACAACAACAAUAAAAACAUCAAGAAUAAGCCCGGAUUUGAUGACAGGGGUCGCAUGGCGUAUGACAACCGAGGCUUCUGCAGCUUCCAUGAAGCAUGGUCUGGAGACAUCACAGAGACUGGCUGCUAUGGAGAAAAUGAUUUGCAAAGCAAAUUUACCAAAACCAGCAGUACUCAUGGCAAACAGAUAGUACCAGGACAUAAUAUUGCUAUACAUACUAUCAGCACAAUACAUGUCGUAGAGGUCUAUGGGCAUGAAAAAGAUAUGCCUGGAUCUCUUGAUUCUCAUUUACCUGGAUAAAUAACCUCAGAAAAUCAAUUAAGCAUUUGUUGGACCAAAGCCAAAUGUGAAUACAAAUACCUGCUGAACGUGCCUUAAAGACUAUAGAAAUAAAUGACUGCAUUGUUCCUAUGUACCUGAUACAGUAAAUGCCAGAGUAUAUCUACAAAUUUAACAGAUCUAAAAAAGUUAUUUUAUUUGAAAAUGCAUUCUGAUUUGAUUUAAAUAAAAUGCUGUAUAUUUAUAUUUAA